AUGGUUCCAAACCCAACAUCACUCACCCGCAAAUCCCUACUCUCUUUCAGUUUCAUGAGGUUUUCUCGUAGACCCAUUUCGCAUUCCACCCGAAUUCCCACAAACCCAGUUCAGAUUAGUGGGUUUCGUACCUGUUCUUCAUGCCACUCUUACUCUCACUCGUUGAAUUCUGGCCAUGGAGCCGAGUUUAAGAGUUUGGGCCGUUCUGAAAUGCGAUUUGGGCAACUGGGUUUUGAUCAUUUUCUAGUUUCUGCGGUUUUGGAUGGUGGGUCAGGUGGCUAUGGAGGUUCUGGUGGGAGAGGUGAAGGUAGUGGUGGUGGUGGUGAUGGUGGUGCUGGCGGCAGUUUAUGUUGUUAA